AUGCUUACAGCGCACUUCUUAACCUUGGGCGAUGGAUUAUGGGCAAAAAAGGCAAAUAAGGAAGGCGGAUCCCACUACUCGCCAGAUGACUGCCAGGUGACGCCCGUGAUCCACGUGCUGCAGUACCCGGGCUGCGUACCGAAACCGAUCCCGUCCUUCGCCUGCAUCGGUCGCUGCGCCAGCUACAUCCAGGUGUCCGGCAGCAAGAUCUGGCAGAUGGAACGCUCCUGCAUGUGCUGCCAGGAGUCGGGCGAACGCGAAGCUUCCGUAUCGCUCUUCUGCCCGAAGGCGAAGAAUGGCGAGAAAAAGUUCCGCAAACUGGAGGAGUCGGAUCAAAUUAAGUAA